GUUCUUAAAAUGUGAAAGGUGUCCUGCCUAUAUUGAGGCAAAGACAUGUUGGACCUGUAUUACAGGACUAUGAUGUUUGGUUAAAAAAAACACAUAAAAUUAUUGUUUCCAAAAAGCAGGCAGGGUAUUUUUUUUACAUUUCAAGCCCAUGAAGAUUGAGCAACAUGUUCUCGUUAAAAAGGUUCGGGGUGAAACGUGUGUUUUCUGUGACAUUUUGACAAGCAUGUGAAAUACGGCUAGAAGAGUUAUGUGCAGAGUGGUGUGUUUGUCUCGUGAUGAAAUAGUUACAAGAUAAUCAUUAAACCACACCAGUAUACUGCAUACCGACAUACACGUGCUUAACUAAUCACGCUUUCACACACGUAAUACAUUUCACAGGCAUUUUUACCUUGACGAUGCAUGCAGUGCAAUUCGUUUCGCUUUAUGUAGUGCUGUUCAUGCAGAGCAUCCCAGGAUACUUCACAAUAAAAGCUCAGGCAAUAAUAUAAACAACUGGCCGAUCGAUCCAGCUCAAGGAUAAGCUAAUGCAAUCAAAUGUUUUAAAUUUUACUUAAAAUAUUCCACUGUGCCUGCAUUCCCAAGACGACUUGGGAUGGAACUCCAGAUGAAAUGGACGUAAAAACUGAAGGCCCUGCCUCCCCUAAUUUUAGAUUACUUAUCAAGGCCUUACCAAUGAAGGUGAGUCAAGGUGAAUACAUUGUUACGCGGUAUAUGCCGAUAAGAGCUAACAUAUUCUAACAUAUUCAAUCAUGCUGUUUGUUGCUGGCAGCUUGGUGUUUUUAGGCUUUUUGGGGCUGUGCAUAGCACCUGCGAGUUUUUAAUUUACAAAUAAUAUCUGAAGACAUUUGCAUGCCAAAUAUGUGCUUCGAUCUGUCAUGUUCAACAAUUGCUGUAAUGGUGUAAAGAUGAAAAAGAAAAUCUCAAUCCCAGAAAAGGUUAAAUUCAACACGGGAAUGACAUUAAUUUCAACUGAAAAGCAAACUAGAGAGGGCAUGGCCUCAAGAACUCAUAACAAUCAUUCACACAUUGAUGUAACUGCUUCUGAAAAUGUCCAUCAAAUAGUGUUUGUCAGUUUUGUGCCCUGUUGAGUUUAGCCAAUUUAGCCAAUUUAGUUGAAUUCGCAGAGCCAACGUGUAAUCUCAUGUGCCAUCAUUUUUGCAUAGUAACCUGUAUUAAAUGUACCUGCGAACAAGAAUUAACUUUGGCCAUCAUGCCAAUGUGUCCAAGCUGUGCAAUAUUUUAAGUGGAAAUACGAUAAAGGCUGUCGCUCGCUGUACAAUCGUCUACACUGUAGCAUUAACAUGACUUUUAAUCAGAAUUAAAUUGUACUUUCCAGGUAAUAAAACCAGCGAUGCAUAAAAUGAUUGAAACCUACUGGUUAAUACUUCCCACUUACAAUGACACAUCUAUGCUGACACUUUGGAAUACAUCCAUAGCACUUAAAUAUAGUUUAUAAUAAUUUUUUUAACGUGUGAUUGCUGAAGUACAUUCAUUAAAGUUUGCUUUGAGUUGUGCACACAGUACAAAUGUUUUAAAUACCAUUUUCAUGGUGUUUUGUCAUUUUGAGGUGUGAAUCUUAAAUUCAGCUUUGCAAGUACAUUUUUUGCAUUUUUACGCAUCGUUAUGACAUGUGGAUCAGAACAUAGACACUGACAAAGAAAACGGAACGAACCCUAAACCGUGCACAAGUACUCCUUGAGCUAUACAGCAAAUAUCACUCGUCAAGUAAGAACUUGCUCAAUUAUGGCCAUCUCAUUGUACAACAGAGAGUUUGUUUCAAUUAGCUAAAGUUUAUCAUGCUAAAAUAAUGUUCUCAGCCCAUCACACCUCUGGGGUUGAUAAACAAAAAUGAGUACCGCUUUCUGGGAAGUCCAUAGUGGUUGUUUAUGGAGAGGCUCGGCUCCGCCAUAGGAAUGUGGCUUUUCUGCGACUGGCUCAGGGCUAUAGACAGGACAUGGCCCCGCCUCAAUGCUCGUUUAGGCAAUAAAUCACUUUGACUUGAAAAAAUGUUAGGUUGUGUACAUGGAGCGAAGUCAUCAAUUCCAUUGACAAAUAAUUAUAUAAAUGUAAUUUGAAGACAUUAUAACCCCCCCCCCCCCCGUGAUGAUGGUUUCAUUUGUCCAAUGACGAGCAAACUAUGAGACAUUGAAAUGUCAGCUGUUUUUGUCUGAGAGUUGGUGAAUCUAUAGAUAUAAAGUCCAAAAUUGUUUGUGCGUGGGUUUGUGGCGGGGUUUGUGGGUUUGUUUGUGUGUUGGCGCGCUUGCGAAGGAUUUGGCUCUCCAACCGUGGGGUUUACGUGAAAUAAAAAUAGCCAGAUACCACGCCGUAAGAAUCACAGCAGGUACCACCACAGUACGCACUGCUGUUAUAUAAGCUAGUUUCUAAAUAAUAACUAAACACAUACAAAACAUCUCUCUUCACAUUUAUAUCCAGGGCCGUGUAAACCUAUACAGUCCACGGUUUGGUGUUCGUAACCACAGUCGCACACAGGAGUAGUUUAUUUUAAACGUUUGCAUUGAGUAUCCGCAUCUUCCACGGUUUGUGCGAAUUCCGUUAAGCGUUGCAAAACAUUUUUUUUGUCCACGGAUGACAGAAGCCGUGCAGUGUGGCGGCUGCGACCUCGCCGAUCACGUCUUUUGUUGAGCACGUUACUUGAAGUCCGUUUUCAUGCUGACAUUCGCAUUCGUGCAACAUUUUUGUGCAAAAUGUCGAGUUCUGGAUCUCAGCCUUGGAUACCGGGGUUGUUGUUCAGACAAGUCUCUAUUUGGCAGGUUUCGGCCGACCUCUAAUCGGUGCGGUGGAGUGUUGCAGCGCCGCGUUGAAUAUCUGGUAGUGUGGCACUUGACUACCAGAAGCUAUGGCACUGACAGAUUUUAGUCCUGUGAUGGCCUGCAAAGCGCUGUUCAGUUGGGUGUCUAUAAAUCAACACUGGCAGCUUUUGCCCUUAGUGGAGCAAAUUUCCCUGUAGUUGAGUACGCCGGCGCAAUGACCCCAAGGUCGUACGAGUUACAUUUUGAAUGGGGUUCACCCUUGUCCUGAUACCGAAUCUCUCAAGGUUACCCUGAUUCGUGUUUUUUUAUGACUCUAAACUGAUGCAAGUCCUCAAAGUCAGACGUUAACCAUUCAUUAGAUCCAUCUCCAUCAGCCAUGGUCAGUCUACUGCUGGAUGAAGGCCUCCCCAAGUCUGCAAAAACUAAAACUGAUGAUAAUUUACGUUUUAAUGGGGAAAGAAGGCAGUGACACAGGACAUUUGCAAAGUAAUUCACGAACUGUCACAACAAAGUACAUCAGUGGCCAGCAGGCUUUCCACCACGAAAUAAAACACAAGCUAACUGCCUUACAGUACGCUCCGUCAAUGUUGGGUUUCACCUGGUGAAGCCGAAUUUGCCUCGAAGAGCCACGAGAAAGCCAGUUAAACCAGCUGGCGAAGACGCACGUGGUGGCCUGGCUUGUCGAUUGGUGGGCGCACGUUUGUCACAGGGAGUGGCGCAAAGACAGGUAAACUCGCCCUUGAUGCUUGCUGUACCCGCCGUUGUGCGUGUACAUGUGUUGCGCGUGGUUCCUCCCACCUCAAACAGUCAAACCGAUGGCGCGUGUGGCUUCAUAACGCUUCAAGUUUUGUCAUGUGAUUCUGAAGGACCGAGUCUCCGUCUGACCCUUACGGACUUGUACGGAAUUAUAAAGUGCGGAUUUAAUUACAAGUUUUCCAAAUGGACCAAGAGCUCAGCAUUGCCCACGGGGUCACAGAGGAGUCCGGGUGGGGCAGUGACCCAUGCGGGCCCCCGGGGAUGAACAGCACAGCCCGAGAUGAGGGUGGUGGUGGUGCUGGUGGUGCUGGUGCUGCUGGUGGUGCUGGUGCUGCUGGUGAGGGCCAAUCGACCGAAACCGAAACGAUCGCCACCGAGGCUCGCGGGCACAGGAAGAAGGGCGCCAAGGGUCAUGGCAAAAAGGCAAGAGGUGCAAGUGCAGGAGGACGGGCAAAGUCACAGCAUCCUCCUCCGGAGUUCGCGAAGGAGAUUCGAGCUUGGGCCGAGAGGAUCCAGAAACGCAUUGAAAAACGCAAGUUCAAGCUCAAGUUGGACUUCUCUGCGUUUAAGAAACUCUUCCGUCGACGCAAGAAAAAGAAGAAUGUCGCUACCGCUGAUCAGUCCACUUUUGCGACACAAACUACAGACGGUGGUGCAUCAACGGGCGAGGACUUGGAAAACAGGGAAGAAAGGAGGCAUGCCAUGGAAUUGUUCGAAAAGUUGUUGAGAGACCUCAUGAAAGGGAUGUCCAUGGAGGACCUUAGAUAUACCAGCACAGGCUCGCUGUGCAGCAGACGCUUCUCCGGUGAUACACUGAAAUCAAAUCCUGGCGUGGCGACCUUGCAGAGGGAUGCAGCAACAAGCAGCGGCUCUGUGUCUACUCCUGCCUCGCAGCAAUCCACCAUGAGCCGUGCGAUGGACCCACGGUCCAUGCAGAGGGCUGCCCUCACCUACCUUCUCAUGAAGCUCUCCCAUGAAACGAACUCCAACGGCGGCAUGUCCGACUCCAUGGAAGCAAUCGGUCGUGCUCGUUCCGCUGAACUUUCCCAGAGCGAGUUGGGCAUGAAAGCCAAUGACGAUUUGGAAAGAUGGUGCUGGGAGUUUUUGAGGUCCGAAGGAGACGUUUUAGAUUCUUCAGAAUCUGAUGACGGGUCGGAAGAUGAGUGCGGGACCAACGGGGAUGCGUUGCGUCUCUCAGGUGGAACGAGCAAGCUCUCCACCACGGGGAAUGUGGACCAGAAUCUGAGACGCCACUCUUGCUCUGAUGUGGCUGGCUUGAAGUUAACAAAGAUGAAAGGCAAACAGCGUCUUCCACGUGGGGAAAUGAUUAACUCCAAGUAUUCCAGCUUACAGGAAUUUCCGCAUGAUGAAUUAGUAGAUUACAGGGAAGAGGACCUCAAGUCUUCAGGACAAUCUAAAUUCCUAACACUGGAAAGCAGUGCCUUGAGUGACCCUGUAGAUGGGACUGGCAUUCCUGGCCAUAGCAACUGCACUGCUAAUGGACAGGAAGUAGAUGCACAUCGAAUCUCCAGUGAAAAUAUAAACGAAAGUGCCAACGAACAAAACAACCACAGUGAAUUGCCUGCGAUGCCUGCGCCAAAAGUGGAGCUCCUCCGAAUGCACGGGGAAGUUUCGGAUUCCCAUCCCAGCCGCGGCAGCAGCUCCCGCUCCAGCUCCGGCUCCAGGGUUUUUGAUUUUCUCAGCAGGCGCCAUCCUCACCACAGGAAUCACAGCCAUGAAGUAACGGGUGGUGCCAAUAAUGACGGCACCAAAGGGCACAUGGAAGCAGACAGUCGUGAAGCCCACGCUAUUGGAGAGACAGGAGCUGAUGGGGAAAUACUCACCGAAGUCAACGAAACGCUGCCAAGCAGCGGAAAAUACAAUCCGAGUGGAGGCAAACGUACAGAGUUUACUCAAGAAAGCACAGACGAGUCAGUAAUGGCCUGUCAAAACAAAGCGAAUGAUGGUGGGAACUUAUUUGACGAACAACAUGGCAGCAGCAGUGUUCUUGAAACUGUCGAAGAGUACAGUGGGACGAAUACGAGUUCUCGGACACAUUUUAUAAACAAUGGGAAUGGCCAUUUUGACAACGAUGUGGAUGUUGACAGCGAGAGCUUAUCUGUUGGAGAUGGAUAUGUUUCGGUGCAGGAAGGAUCAGUUAUCGAUUCGAGCGGUGAACAUAAACUUUCUUUAAGUGAUGGCGAGUCUCCAAACGGCAGCAAAAUUGUCUGUCAUACGACGAACAUUCGGGCCGAGAUGCACAACAACAGCCACAGUGUUGAACGUGAAAGGCAUUUUUCGUCCACCGAAAAUCUUGACAACAAAACACACGCACACGAUCAAUCUAAUGUUCAACAUCUACUUAAUUCAGAGGCAUCUACCAUCACCAAAUAUUCCCAAUCUUCUGAAUUUUGUCCAUUGGAAAAUGACUUACUAAUUUCAAGCUCUAGGGAUUCCCAAAGCGAUGUGGUGGAUUUUACAGCUCAAAAUAUGGAAAACGAAUUAAAGAGAGGCAUUGCAAUUGAAGAAAACAAUCAUAGAUCAGAUGCUGAAGGACACGUGCAUUGCAAGACUAAAGAUGUUUUUUCAUAUUUGGGCAAGCAACCUUAUACCGACAGCGGUUUGAAAGUUAUAAGGAAUAGUAUAAACAUUGAGCAUACCUCGACAGAAGAAAUAACAAGCGUGGAUAAUUAUGGACAUGGUGAGCAAUCAACAGCCUCUUAUGCGGAAGACAUCCAGCAAGAGCACAAUCAGGAUGAUCUAGCAUCCGGUGAAAGACAUCGAACGUAUGGUCAUCGAGGACGCCCUGUUGACACGCCUCUGUCAGGGGUGCAGUCCUGGCAUGAAUCGACAUUCAACGUGAUCGUUAAAACAAGGGGACAUGAAAGCGAUGCCUUUGGUCCUGCACAUGCCGGUGAGAACAAACUAGACGGGUGCAGGAGUCCAAACGGCUCUGAAAACAGCGAGGGCGCACUGUCGGAAACAGAGUCGGUGUCUUACAGCAUCGUCACGUCUGAAGAAAGACGGUGGGAGGCAGGGGUCUCGGCUGUUCAACAGGGAGAGGAAAGGUUUAGGCCUCCGUCAGGCAGCCGGCCCGGUCUGUACGCCAAGACGGAGCCAAUCUGCCGGCUUACAGGAGAGGCAGCGCACACCUCUCGCACCUCAGAGGAGUCUGACAGCGAAGAGAGCCUGUUUUCAGAUCACGGCGAGCAAAGCUCGGCAGCUGUUGCCCAGGGUUGUCUUCAUGAGAGCAAAACGCUCCGCGUGGUGGAUUGGGGCACCCAAACAGCAAGCGACCCAGAUAGCGUGAGCCCCGGUGCGCAAAGUGCACUCAGCACCGAUGACGGUGGCCUUUUCCAAGUGUCCCCCCCGGAGUCUGAACACUGGGAGACGCUGGGCCCCAUGAAGAACGCUGCCUCCUCUGCAGCAACACAGACCAUUUGGCUGAGCCACGCAGAGUGCCAGACCCACCAUGGAGAGGAUUUGCCUGGAGCCACGGGGGAGACUGCUGCAUCUGGCAACAGAAGCAGUAAUCUUGGCCGAGGUGUUUGCUGGUUCAUUCCUGCUGACAGAGUGUCCAAUAUCCACGGGGACUUUACAGCUGACGGAGAACGGCUAAGUCAUCCAAAUGGGCCCAUUCCCGCAGGAAAAAGGCGGCCCGUUGGCCCGUAUAUGGUCAUCUCCCCCAAGGAGGCGCUGGAGUUGCGGCGGCCGGACUUCAUCUCCCGCUCCAAGGAGCGGCGGCGCUGGGUGUCGCACCUGGCCGAGGAGAGGCAGACGGAGAAGGUCACCCUGCGCGUGCAGCAGCAGCGACGGUGGCUGCAGCAGCAGCAGCAGCAGAUCCAGCGCCACGGCCGUCUCACAGAUCAUAUCACUGCACGGCAAAGGAAAUAUCAUCCUGCUGAAGAAACUGCACAUCCCAGAAAAAAACACGAACACUUGCCUGAUGUGAAAAGACGAAGGCAACCAGGGGAAAGGCCAAAGUCCCAUCGCACUCCAUAUCGUGAGCAUGCAGAUUUCGUGCCGAAGAAACUUGGUAUCCAAACCUCGUGGGAGAAAAUGUGAAAACGACUGUUCACUCCAGAACUUCUAAGAACUUUUUCUUAUAUAUAUAAAUUGAUGUAUUAUUUGUGAUGCUGAAUUAUGAAUAUAUUUUGUUGUAACUAAAUUUUGUAACAAAAAUAUAAAUAAAUGUGAACAGAUUUUUACUGUUUUAUGAAACGCGAAAACAUAUUGCAUAUCGUAAAAUGCACUUUGGCAAUACUCUGUACAAUCGUGCGAAACCUACAAGAAUAGUUUAAAUGUAUUUUGCAUUGUGUGUAUAUGAUGCGCAUUUUAAAUAAGGGGUAACCCAAAGGUUUAAGACAUACAACUCAAGAGCCUUGGCUCCUGUAUAAAUUGGUGUAUUUAUAAAUCACGUUUAAAACUUUGGCUUAAUUCAGUAGGUGCAUUGGUGUGAUUACUGUAUGUAAAAACAAAUACUCCAAUGUGUAUGUGAAUUUAUGUCUAUUUUAAGGUUUAAAAUGUAUGUUUAAAGGACUCGUUAAGCUAUCACUUGCUGCUGGUUUUUGCCAUGGGUAGGAAUUAAAUCAGGUUGCUGAGUUCAAAGAAAAGUGGGAAAAAGUCUGUACCACCAAUUCACCCAUAUCAUACAUGUUAUAUAAUUACAGUACCUAAACGCUGCUUUUAUUUUUUAAUACAUAAUUUCAUACCAAUAUCAUAAAAUAUAUUCUGUACACUUUAUUUUGCUUGAAAUGUUCAAUACGGUAAAUGUACCGAGGUCUCAUGUGUUGUAUCGUGUGCUUGGAUGGCUGUAGCAGUUAUUCACUUCUCUGUGUUUGACAGAUUGUUGUUUAUAUGAGAUGCAGUAGUGGAUAUUGAUCACCUACACCCUCAAGCGAAAAUUGACUAAGAUGAGCAUGUUGCUGAUAAAACCAUAUCGAGUAUAUCGGAACACUGUAGACAGCACCCGGGGACCAGAGAUAGAUUUUUUUAGUUCAGAGCUGUUUCAUUUUAACACUGACUGUGAUAACUGUUGGGCUCAUGUGCAACCCAUGAAAAUAUACAUGCAGAUUAAAAAAUAUACAGGUACUCUUUGGUUCUAUUCGGUAAAGUCACGUAGGUAAAAAAUAAAACAACAAAAAUCACGACGUUUCGGCC